CCAACAGGGUCAUCAGGAGGGAUCUGGUAAUCAAGAAGAAGAAAAUGUACUACUUCAAAAUGGAGAUUGUCUAUUUUUUUUAAUCACAGACGCUAUAGUGGCACAGAUACAAAGAUGAGUCCUCUAUUUAUCUCUAUGGCUAGCUCUACUCUGCUGUAGUACUGUUGGCAAGUGCAGCCAGGACACACAGACCAAUACCUGGACAAGAGAGACUUGACUGAGUUUUUGGUGAGUUUUUAUAUCAAAAGGUCCAGAGUGAUUCCUGAUGGUAGCUAAAGACUGAGAAGGCCUGACUAUAACUACAACCUCUACCAGUGUCUUAACCAGCCACCUCAAACGGGUGUGUGUGACCUACCCUUCAGUGUGGGGGUGUUAGGACUAUCCCUACUGCUCUGACAGCAUGGCCCCAGCGGUGGGCGGUCCGGUGGGCUAUACUCCUCCAGAGGGGGGCUGGGGCUGGGCGGUGGUGGUGGGAGCCUUCAUCUCUAUCGGCUUCUCCUAUGCCUUCCCCAAGUCCAUCACUGUCUUCUUCAAGGAGCUGGAGGCCACCUUUGACGCUACGCCCUCACAGGUCUCAUGGAUCUCCUCUAUCAUGCUGGCCUGCAUGUACGGCGGAGGACCAAUUAGCAGUAUCCUGGUGAACCGCUAUGGCAGUCGACCAAUCAUGAUGCUAGGGGGCUGUCUGUCAGGAAGUGGUUUGAUAGCAGCUUCCUUCUGCAACACUGUGCAACAACUCUACUUGUGUGUCGGAGUCAUUGGAGGUCUGGGUCUAGCGUUCAACCUGAACCCGGCGUUGACUAUGAUUGGUAAAUACUUCUAUAAGCGUCGUCCUAUAGCUAAUGGCAUUGCCAUGGCGGGCAGCCCAGUCUUCCUGUCCACGCUGGCUCCUCUUAACUCCUGGUUCUUUGACCAGUUUGGCUGGAGGGGCUCCUUCCUCAUCCUAGGUGGUCUACUGCUCAACUGCUGUGUCGCCGGGGCCUUGAUGAGACCCAUCGGACCCAAACCUGCCGGACCCCAACUGUCGGAGAACGGGGCGGUGAAGAAGGCAGAGUUGAAUCUGACGGUGAUGCAGCGUGUCAAUGCCGUGAUCGACCUGACGCUGUUUAAACACCGCGGCUUCCUGCUGUAUCUCCUUGGCAACGUCAUCAUGUUCUUUGGCCUGUUCACUCCCCUAGUCUUCCUCUCCAACUACGCUAAGAGUAAGGACAUCAGUAAAGAAAAGGCUGCUCUGCUCCUCUCCAUCCUCGCCUUUGUUGACAUGUUCGCCCGUCCUUCUAUGGGGCUGUUAGCCAACACCCGCUGGGUCCGACCCAGGAUACAGUACUUCUUCGCUGCAUCCGUGCUCUAUAACGGGGUGUGUCACGUCUUGGCGCCGCUGUCCGUGGACUAUGUAGGCUUCGUGGUGUAUGCUGUGUUCUUUGGGUUUGCGUUCGGCUGGCUGUCAGCAGUUCUGUUUGAGACUCUGAUGGACCUGGUCGGGGCCCAGAGGUUCUCCUCUGCCGUCGGACUGGUCACCAUCGUGGAGUGUGGACCGGUACUGCUGGGACCGCCACUACUCAGUCGUUUCUAUGACUUCUAUGGUGACUACCAGUGGACCUACCUGUGUUGUGGUAUCAUCCUCAUCAUCUCCUCAGUCUUCCUCUUCGUAGGGAUGGGCAUCAACUACAAGCUGUUGGAGAGAGAGAAGGAGGAGGAGGAGAGGAGAGAGACGGAGCGGCCCAAGGAGGAGUGCAAAGCCAUGCUGGAGGGAGAGAAGGAAAGGGGGGAGGAGAGUAGUGAAGCCACACCCAUGACGGAUGUUUCUAAGAUGGAUGAAGAUACUGUUUAGCAGGGUAGGCAACUAAAUUUAGCCGCGGUCGGGGGGCUGAAACAUAAUUUGAAUAAUUUGAACACUGUAAAUUCACCACAACUAAGCCCAAAAAUAGAUAACAUGAUCAUUUCAUACCUUGAUUACAUUGAGACACAAUUACAAAUCUUUAUUUUUAUUCAUGGGAAUAGUUGGGAGCACAUUUCCUAAAUUUAAAUAUUUUUUUUUAUCCCUUAUUAUUAUUAUUAUUACUACUAUUUCGGGGGGCCCAAAAAAUCACUUUCUGGCUGGUUUUGGCCUCUGGGCCGCCUGUUACCAACCCCUGCUGUAUAGAGACUGACCUGAUCUGGACACACACCCUCUGGUUUAGGUACCUUUGGUAAACUGAGCCGAGUCCUCUACAGUAGACAAGCUAUAACACGGAGGACUACUCUCUCUGAGCUCACAUAUACAACAUCCAGUAUCUAGCCCAGCUCUACACACUGUCCUCAGACCUGGACGGUCAUGUCAUCAGUCUUUGUGCUUCCCAGAUCCAGUGUGCGGUACGAUCAAUUCACAGUAUUAUAGGUGAUCAGAUUGAUUGACAGUGUUAAGUAAUACCAGGUGUUGUUUUUGUAAUGAUUAGUAGAAUGUAGAGACUGUAAUUCUGUCAUGAUGUAUAUUCCUAGUUGAGGAGCAGAACGAUGUGAUUUGAACCUGUUUUCAGUUUAGCUGAGAAGCUUUUUUUAAGCACUUUGAACAUCUUUUUGAAGACAGACACAACCUUUCUCGUGUGUGUUUUUAACUAUUUUUGUCCCCACAAGAGUAGUAAAGGAACAGAAAUGUGACCAACUGGGACAUUUUGUUUGUCCUCACAAGGUCAAAUGCUAUUUCUAGGUGGUUUAGGGUUAAGGUUAGACUUGGUGUUAGAAUGAUGUUAAGGAUUAGUUCUAGGGUUAGGAACUAGGGUUAGGAACUAGGGUUAGGAACUAGGGUUAGGAACUAGGGUUAGGGUAAGAGUACAGUUUAGGGAAAAUAGGAUUUUGAAUGGGACUGAAUUGUGUGUCCCCACAAAGUUAGCUCUGUGUGUGUGUGACUCUGUGACUCUCAGUCCUAUGGGACUGAUCCAUAUAAUCUCUAUUCAGACAGACAGGAACACAGAUCGGCAGACAGGCAGGCAGACAGGCAGGCAGGUGUUUCUUUUAGUACUGUAUCAUAUCAGCAGAUACUGUAUCAAUAUGUCCCAAACUGAACCCUAUUCCCUAUAUAGUGCACUACUUUAGACCAGAGCCCUAUUCCCUAUAUAGUGCACUACUUUAGACCAGAGCCCUAUUCCCUAUAUAGUGCACUACUUUAGACCAGAGCCCUAUUCCCUAUAUAGUGCACUAAGGUAAAGGGUAUUAUUUGAGAGGCCCUAUGUCUGCAGAUACAGUAUGAGCGUUAAUUCAGUAAGUCCUUCCAUUCAAAAGUCUGGGGUAGUACCAGCUGUCGCCAGGAGAGGGCAGUCGAGUCUUUAGAACAUUUAAAAGUCUGGGGUAGUACUGGCUGUCACCAGGAGAGGGCAGUAGAGUCUUUAGGACAUUCUGAAGUCUGGGGUAGUACCAGCUGUCACCAGGAGAGGGCAGUAGAGUCUUUAGGACAUUCUGAAGUCUCGGGUAGUACCGGCUGUCACCAGGAGAGGGCAGUAGAGUCUUUAGGACAUUCUGAAGUCUGGGGUAGUACCGGCUGUCACCAGGAGAGGGCAGUAGUCUUUAGGACAUUCUGAAGUCUGGGGUAGUACCGGCUGUCACCAGGAGAGGGCAGUAGUCUUUAGGACAUUCUGAAGUCUGGGGUAGUACCGGCUGUCACCAGGAGAGGGCAGUAGUCUUUAGGACAUUCUGAAGUCUCGGGUAGUACCAGCUGUUACCAGGAGAGGGCAGUAGAGUCUUUAGGACAUUCUGAAGUCUCGGGUAGUACCAGCUGUUACCAGGAGAGGGUAGUAGUCUUUACAACAGUGUUCACGUUUUCUGAGUCAAAAUCACUUUCACAGUCAAAAAGUAAGCUGAGAUCUACAGCUCAGAUUGUUUUUCCAUAAAUUACUUAAAAAAUGUAACAUUAACCUAAUAAAAACAGUUCUGUAGGAAUGAGGUUUGUGCAGUAGGCCUAAUACAUUAUCACAGUAUAUUGGCUAUAUGCCUGUCCUGCCAAUAUUGUUAUUCUUAGACCAUAUUAUAUUUCAAAACUCGAGCUUUGAUAACAUAGAUCAGUUGGUGUAGCACUUGCGAGGCACUGCAGAGCAUGAGUUGAAAUAUGCUUUUUUAUUUUACUGCACUGAUGGUACCUGCAUCUGCCUCAUGCACACAUUCAUGUUGUUCCUAUGACCAGAGAAAGUGAAGUAUUCAUUGAUAUUAAAAUAGAGACCACGAGCUGCUAAUAAUAAUAAUAAAACGCAGGGCUAUCGAUACACUUUGUUAUUCAUUGUUAUUCAUUCAUUGCAGCUACAGCGCAAGCGGAAGUAUGGAGAAGCGUGUUUUAUGUUUUGUAAUAGUGUUGAAUAAAAACAGUUUUGACAGUGCUGAAUAAACAAACUCAGCAGCUCUUUGCUAUAUUCUA